AAUCCAUUGAGAAAAAUGUCUCCCGCCCUCUCUCUUUGUGUCUCCUACCUCCCAAUAUGUAAAUUUCCUGACCUCUCGAAGGAAACCCAGCUCCAGAAAAGCAUAACUAAAGAAAACACAUGUCUUAAAAGACCAUCGGACGCCACAUUCAGUAGGAAAAAGUUAUUAAAAUCUGCUGGUUUGGGUUUAGUUGGGGGAGGAUUUGCUCUAGUUCAGCCUGCUCAAGCUGAACCAGAGGCCCCCGUAGAUUCUACUUCGAGUAGGAUGUCAUACUCAAGAUUCUUGCAGUACUUGGAAGGAGGAGUUGUGAAGAAGGUAGACCUCUUCGAGAAUGGGACAGUUGCAAUUGCGGAGAUCUUUAAUCCUGUACUCAACAAAAUUCAGAGAGUAAAGAUACAGCUACCUGGAUUGCCUCAAGAGCUGCUGAGGAAAUUCAAAGAGAAGGAUGUGGAUUUUGCUGCCCAUACAAUGGAGGUCAACAUGGGAGCUGUUCUUCUUGAUUUGUUGGGAAAUUUGGCCUUCCCAUUGAUUUUGCUCGGAACCUUACUUUUCAGAGGAGCAGCUACCAAUAAUCCUGGGGGACCCAAUUUACCAUUUGGAUUAGGAAGGACCAAAGCUAAAUUCGAGAUGGAACCCAACACUGGAGUCACGUUUGAUGAUGUAGCUGGAGUUGAAGAAGCUAAGCAAGAUUUUCAGGAGAUUGUUGAGUUCUUAAAAAGCCCAGAAAAGUUUGCUGCAAUUGGAGCAAGAAUUCCCAAAGGUGUUCUGCUAGUCGGCCCGCCUGGGACCGGGAAGACCUUGCUGGCUAAGGCCAUUGCUGGAGAAGCUGGAGUCCCUUUCUUUUCUCUCUCUGGUUCAGAGUUCAUUGAAAUGUUUGUUGGGGUGGGGGCUUCAAGAGUGAGGGACUUAUUCAACAAAGCAAAGAUGAAUUCACCGUGCCUGGUUUUCAUAGAUGAGAUAGACGCAGUAGGAAGGCAAAGAGGAACAGGUAUUGGAGGAGGAAAUGAUGAAAGGGAGCAGACACUGAACCAGUUGCUCACUGAAAUGGAUGGGUUCAGUGGGAAUAGUGGAGUGAUUGUCAUUGCUGCUACUAAUCGACCCGAAAUUCUUGACUCAGCUUUGCUCAGGCCAGGAAGAUUUGACCGACGGGUCACUGUAGGAUUGCCAGAUGUAAGAGGAAGAGAAGAAAUCCUGAAGGUCCACAGUAAUAACAAGAAGCUUGAUAAGGAUGUCUCUCUUAGUAUUAUAGCCAUGCGGACACCAGGAUUCAGUGGCGCAGACCUUGCAAACCUAAUGAAUGAAGCUGCCAUUCUUGCUGGCAGGAGGGGCAAAGAGAAGAUAACGGUGAAAGAAAUCGAUGACUCCAUUGAUAGAAUUGUCGCGGGAAUGGAAGGAACCAAGAUGACUGAUGGGAAGAGCAAAAUUCUGGUGGCUUAUCACGAGAUUGGGCAUGCCAUUUGCGCGACAUUAACUCCAGGGCAUGACCCAGUACAGAAAGUUACUUUGAUACCUAGGGGGCAAGCCCGUGGGCUUACUUGGUUCAUACCUGGUGAAGAUCCAGCUCUCGUCUCUAAGCAGCAACUCUUUGCUAGAAUAAUAGGAGGUCUUGGAGGACGGGCAGCAGAGGAAGUAAUUUUUGGAGAACCAGAGAUUACAACUGGUGCAGCAGGAGAUCUGCAACAGAUCACUCAGAUAGCAAGACAGAUGGUAACCAUGUUUGGAAUGUCCGAGAUUGGGCCAUAUGCAUUGAUGGAUCCAGCAGUACAAAGCAGUGAUGUAGUACUGAGGAUGCUAGCGAGAAAUUCCAUAUCAGAAAAACUUGCAGAAGAUAUUGAUACAUCCAUAAGAACAAUAAUUGACAGCGCAUAUGAAAUUGCAAAGACACACAUUAGGAAUAAUCGGGAGGCAAUUGAUAAGCUAGUUGAAGUUCUGUUAGAGAAGGAAACCCUCACAGGAGAUGAGUUCAGAGCAAUCCUAUCAGAGUUCACUGCGACUCCUUUGGAUAACAUCAAUAAAAAUCCUGUCCGUGAGCUGAUCUCAGCUUAAGCACACCAACCAUUGUACACUUCUUGUAAAGAUAGAGAUCUACUGUAAUCUACAAU